GCUACGCCCAAACGUCGUUUCCUUGCAAUCCGUCCUGUAGUACUUCUCGACGUUCAUUCCUUUUAUCUGUAUCAUCAUAAUCAACAUUCUUUUCCAAAGGAAUCAACAUCUUGGAUAUGUCUGAAGGAAUCUGGGAGAAGUUUUCCCAGGUCGCCGUGAAGGGAGCUGAACAUGACUCUCGUGAACGCCGGCCCCAUCCGAAAUGUUUGAAAGGGACCCGGGUGGUCCUUCUCAACCACAUUCAUGGAUUAUCAGACACCAAAGAGACGAAUCGACUGAUCUGGUUGCAUGGCACAGCCGGCGUUGGAAAAUCUGCUGUAGCGUUCACUGUAGCCGAAAGGAUGAGAGGCCUGAAAAUGACAGAGGAGACGAAAGAAGAAACGCGGCUCGGUGGAACAUUCUUCUUCUCGCGCAAACACACGAAACGCCGCACGACUGGUUAUUUCUUUAUAACGCUUGCCUACCAGCUUGCCCAAAAUUUUUCCAGCAUUCAGACAGACGUGAACAGAGCUAUCCUCAAGGACCCCACCCUUCUGGAUCCCGAAAAGUCACUUCGCAAGCAGAUGGAGGGGUUGUUUCUACAACCUCUGCGGAAGCUUCGUUACAGACUACAGAAGUGUCCUCCUUUGACGUUCGUUGUCGACGCCCUUGAUGAAUGCACACACGAAUCCCCCAAUGAAUACUCAUCCGAAUUCAGGGAUGAAGGCCAAUCCGAAAGCGAGGUUACCGAACUCAUCUCCCUGCUCGCCCAAGUUCUUCGCGAUCCUGAUCUUCCUUCCAUCCACAUUCUAGUCACGAGUCGUUCGGAAGCGCAUAUUUGUGAAGCCAUGCAGAAUGAAGACGUGCGCCCGUUGUUGUGCGAGAUACCAGUGAAGAUUUCUGGGGAGGGUGUUACUCCUAUCAUCUCCCUAGACGGCGCAGAUGUUGAUGAAGAUAUCUAUCGAUUCUUGGAGCAUUCAUUUGGAAAGCUACGAAGUCGCUCUCCUACCUUCUCGCAGCCAACGAAGGAUCAAAUCGAGAAGCUGGCAAUCCGAGCGGGCAGACGUUUCAUCGUAGCAUCUACAAUGAUGAAAUUUAUUGAUGAUCGACACAACGAUCCCGGUGACCGGCUUGAACUCAUGCUCGAACUAACGAGUCAAUUGCUUCCGGGAACGGAGGUGUACGAGUUAUACGACCGUAUCCUCUUCACAUGCACUGAUCCGAAGCUGGCUUACCUGUACAUGUCCGUUGUUGCUGUCCUUAUAGAUCCUCUACCGAUCUCACAAAUCUCGGAACUUCUUGGCCCUGGUCAGGGCAGGGACGUCGAGAAGGUGCUGGUACAACUGCGGUCUGUCAUAGAUAUUCCUCCCGACAACAGUCUCCCCGUGAAUAUCUAUCACUCGUCCGUCCGUGACUAUGUUUUUCAUCGCUCAAACUGCAGUCUCUAUAACACUUCACCCCACUCCCUGCUCGCACAUUCUUCUCUCCGUUUAAUGAUACAAGAGCUCCCAGGUCGAUCAGCCCUCUUGUAUGCACUCUCAGCAUUGAAAAAGCACAGUCAAGCUAUGGAACCCCACGACCCCAAGAAUCUAACACACUCACUAUCUUUCAUCGUCCAGCCGCCGGAGCCCAUACAGGUGCUUGUAACUCUUCUAUGGCUUCGGGGAAAUCACAGUCCAGAGUUACAAUUCUGGUUAGGCACUCAGGACGGGCGUGCGUGGCUGGAAGGUCAGGAUGGGUGUGCAUGGCUGCAGACUCAAGAAGGGAAAGGCUGGUUGCAAACCCAGAUGGCGCAAAGCUGGCUAGAUAUCUCUAACCAGCUGCAGAAUCAGCGCGGGCAAAACUCAGGCUCUAUUGGUCAAACUGUAUUGGCAAGAAUACCAUCGGUAGUUCUACAACACUCGCCGCAGACCCAGGAUCUACAGCAGAUACACAAUUCCGAGGGGUCACAGCCGCUGACCGUGCACAAAACGCAGAUACACUAUCCCACGGGAUUACGGAGCCAGUCUAUGUGGGACCCGCUACCGACCCAACACAAGAAAACUUCAUUCCCGAUCCGGAUUAGGAACAACAACUGGCUGCAGACCCAGGAGGGAAAGGACUGGGUGCAGAGCCAUGUUGGGAAGGACUGGGUGCAGACCCAGGGAGGACAAGACUGGCUACAGACCGAGAGUGCGAAGGACUGGUUACAGACCUAUGGAGGGAUGUGCUGGGUGCAGACACAUGGCAUACCGGACUGGCUACAGACCCAGGGUGGGCGACAGUGGCUGCAGACCUUCGCUGGCCAAGACUGGCUGCAGACAUUCGGCGGCCAAAACUGGCUGCAAAGCGAGUACGGCCAAGACUGGCUGCAGACCCACGAUGGGCAAGACUGGCUGCCCACUCAGGGUGGGAACGACUGGCUGCAGACUCCGGGUGCGCGGGACUGGCUGAAAACCCCAGACGGGCGAGACUGGUUGCAGACGCCACAAGGUCAAAUGUGGCGAUUGACGACUGCUUGGGUGGCAAUGGAGGAAUUUUCGAACACAUUAGAAGCGAUAAAACAGUACAUUAUCAUCCCGGAAUUGUCUGCACAGCCAGCUUUUCGAGUCAUUCGGCAGUUCAAGAGCUUGCCGGAUUUCUUAAUGUUUCCUGUAUUCUUGGCAUUAAGGCACCAGGAUCAUCCCACCACCUCUGCAUUCACACAAGAUCACCUCUCAUCAGACAUCGAGAUUAUCCAUGCAAUGAAGGCUUUUUCAAAUUUCGCAAACGAAACACGCGAACGAAGUCAGUUAUCUUCCAACGUUCUCAAUUACGCAUGUCAAAACUGGGCCGUCCAUAUCUCGCAAGCUCCGAAGCCAUGGAACGGGAAACUCGCCCAUAUAUUCAAGUCUUUCUGGGAUAAUCAUCUCCCCAACUGGCUCGAAAGACAGUGGUGUGUGAAGGAUCUGCAGUCUUGCCUGACUAUCUUAGCUGAAAGCGAGAAGCUUGCAAAGGAACACCUUCUCCAAACCCCGGAUCAUCUUAAUAAUCAGUCUGAAAUUGUUGGGUUUUUCGAAGGUAAGAAACCUGCAAAGGAACAUCUUCUCCGAAACCCAGGCCAUCUCAGUGACCACUCCGAAGCUGUCGGGGUCUCCGAAGGCGAGAAACCUGCAAAGGAAUUUCUUCUCCAAAUCCCAGGUCAUCUCGAUGACCAAUCUGAAGCUAUCGGAUUUACGCAGCAUAUCGUACUGUCUUGCAUCGUCUUCCUUAUCGCCUUUCUUAUCACCUUUCGUUGCAUGUUCGAAUCUUAAACAAUGCGAUAAGUCGUGUAAGGCCGCAUGUAUCGCAGAGCCCGCUACUUAUUUCUAUCAUAUUUCUUCAAUUAUCUUGCUUCAUAGAUUGUCCGUACUAUAUAUUGAUACUGUUGUACUUUUUGAGUUUGUCACUUGCAAGAUGAAGCUAUAUGUAACCCAA